CAGAGAGAGCAAACAAGCAGAGCAGCCUGGCUUCUCCCCCCACCCCUCUGCGCCCCUGCCGUUGCUGGAGCGAGGACACUCAGACCACCUCCUUCUGUUACCUUCUCCUGUCUGCAGAUGGAUUUUGCACGGUUUUAGCGGAGAUGAGCUGAUUUGCGCAGAAUUGUCAAGAUGGCUUCCACAAAUGCAGCAAGUAGCAAAAACGGCUUGUACAAUGAAGAGAGAAAUUUGCUCCGUAUCCAAGCAAAAGAGAGGAGGAAUCAGGAAGCUCACCAGGAGAGAGAAACGUUCCCUGCAGAUAUUCCCCUCUUUGGAAAACCUUACAAGAUUAACAAAGCAGAUGAAUUGUCCAGUCGGAUUCAGAAAAUGUUCGGCAACUAUGAAGAGAUGAAGGAGCUCAUCACCACCGCGUCCCAUCAGAAUCUCAUCUGGAUCCCCACGAGCGUCAUGUCUCUGAUCCCUCAGCGCAAGCCAGAUCGCUCACUCUUUCCUGAAAAGGCCGCCAACGUCUUACCCCCCUCAUUCCAGAACAGUGGCCAUCCCCACAAGCCUUUGGGACCCCUCGCUUCGGGUGCUCCCUCUGCAGGCAACUCUGUGCACUACCAAAAAGCUCACUCGAGGAUAGAGCCGGCCUCUCAGAGCGGUGGGUCGUCCGGCACCCAGAAGCAAGGCCAAGAGCAGAGUUGCAAGAGUCAAGAAGUCCAGAAAAGCAGGCGGCAGCAGCAGAAGAGCGAAAGAUGCAUUGAAGAAGACAUUGCGCACGCGGUGCAGGCCUCCCUUUUGGAACUCUCUCCCUUGCUGUCCACGUUGGCUUCCCCCAUAGCACCUCUGUCACCUCUACAUUCCAGCCAACGUGUCAAUUCCAGGUCUCGCAGCAACAACAAAAAACACAGGCAGAAAAGCUCCCCUUCUCGGGAGCUGUCGGCUGGAACACGGGAUAACGAAACCCAGGACGGCUUGAGUGCUACUGUAGCUGUCCCUGCCCACCCUUCCGCUCAGACUUUCCCCUCCUCCUUAUCCUCCAAACCCAGUGCAAUACAGCAGAAGCCGACUGCCUACGUCAGGCCAAUGGAUGGUCAAGAUCAAGCGCCGGAUGAGUCUCCCGAGCUCAAGCCUCUUCCCGAGGAAUACCACGAACCAUCCUACGGGAAAAUAACAAACCUAAGAGCAAGCGGCAAGACCAGCCUGCCCAAAUUGAAAAUAUCUGCUGAACCAAUGGAGCAAUCUUUCUCCAAUGAAGCUCAUUGUGUUGAAGAAAUUUUAAAGGAAAUGACCCAUUCAUGGCCACCUCCUUUGACAGCCAUCCAUACUCCUAGCACAGCUGAGCCAUCAAAGUUUCCUUUUCCUGCAAAGGAAACCCAGCAUGCUGGAUCAGUAAUUCAGAGCCAGAAGCAGUAUGACGCACCUUCUAAGACCGUGUCUAUUUCUCAGGAAGGAAGAUCAACGCUUCACGACGAUCUUCAGAUCAGCGAUAGUGAAGAUGGUGAAGAUGACCAAGUCAGUGUUUCCGAUAAGCCAUCUUCUUCGUCAACUCCUCCAAGUGCCCCACAAUCGCAGCCUGAGAGUGUGGCAUUGGCACAUUCCAGCAGUCCGGAGUCUGGAAGCACGAGCGACUCGGACAGUUCUUCCGACUCUGAGAGCGAGAGCAGCUCUAGCGACAGUGAAGCAAAUGAGCCCCCAGCGAGAGCGUCCACACCUGAGCCUGAUCCACAAACAUCCAACAGAUGGCUGCUGAAACACUUUCUGAAACCCAAUGAGAGUUUCCUUGAGGAUGACCGUAGCCGGGGCAAUCUCCAGGAGGGCAAAGGGCAAGGGAAAACGUUCAGCAGUAGCAGUGACAACAGCAGCAAAAGGGAUUGCCCCCAGCCAACAGAUAGUCACUCCAAAACUGCCAGCAAAGCUCCUCGGUCAGCUCAAGACAUACACCUGCCUACCAAGCGGAAUUACCAGAAGUCUCCCGCGCACGUGGAAGAACCCUUCCACAAAACGGUGGGCAAUAAGCAGCCUAGGAAGCCCACCAAGCCCACGGUACAGGAGGAGCCGAAGAGAGGCCUAACGGUAGAAAGCGAGCCCCCUGGCCCCUACGGAGUGAAGGAUCUGUCUUCCAAAGACAAGCCCAAGGUGAAAACGAAAGUGAGGCCAAAGUCUGACAAUAAGAAGGAGCUAAAGCCCGCUGCGCUGGAGCCGUCUGAGAAGAAAAAGCACAAGAGUUUGCACCAGACCACUGUUAAAGCGUUUUUGGACCGUGAUGCUGCAAAAGACAAUUCAGGUGGCAGCGCCCUGGAACAGUUGCCCCUCAGCCCCCUAAGUCAAAGCCCCAGGGUUCCUGCCACCAGCAGAACAAGUAGUCCUAAGGUGGCUGUAGUGGCAAGAGAAGACCUUCCUAGGGACAAGGUUCUCCCGCCUAUCAAGGAUAAGAAAUUGCUAUCGCCCUUGAGGGAUUGCCCAGCCUCUCCAGCGCUUGUGGUUAAAAUUGAUCUCGCUCUUCUCUCCCGGAUCCCACAGCCACCUAGGAAGGGCGGCUGCCCCAAAAGACUUGAGGUCAAAGAGAGCCACCAUAUGCACAAGCACGAGGCUGACAAGAGGAGCACAGAAACGCCAAGCAAGUCUCUCAAGAAGAGGAAGCAGGAAGACAUUCUGAGAAAUGAUCAGAAAAAAGUCAAACUGGAUAAAGAAACCAAAUCAUCCUCAGUGUCAAGUCAUAAAGAAUCCAGUAAAAGCAAGAUGUCAAAACUGUCAGUGGAGACGCAAAGAAAAGAGAUGCCACUUCCGCUGCCACCCCCGCCAUUGUCCCCCGUGCACCCACCACAAAAGCCAGCCAAGACAGCCCAGAAGAGGCCGAAGAGUGAAAGCGGUGCCUGCAGCCAGCCUCCGGGUCCCAGUAUCAGCACUGCCAAGAGCAAGGAAAGCCACAAGGACUCUUCAUCCUCCAAGCACAGGAAACUGGAGGGGAAGCCUUCUGAAAGCUCAAAAAGCAACAAAGGAUCUGUAGAGGAUGUUCCAAACCCUUUCCCAGUGCCUUCUUUGCCAAACGGUACCUCCAAGCCAACGAAACCUCAAAGCAAGCCGCACAAACAACAUCCAGUGGAAUUUCACUUAAAGGAGGCGAAAAGGUUGAAGCACAAAGCUGAUGCAAUGUCAGACAAAGUUGGAAAGGCCUUCAAAUACUUCGAUGCUGCCCUGUCCUUCAUUGAGUGUGGCAUUGCAAUGGAAGCUGAUCCCCUCUCACCAAAGCCAGCCUAUACCAUGUUCGCAGAGACCAUAGACCUCAUCAAAUUCAUAAUGGCAUUAAAAUCUUUUGCGGACUCCUCUACAACCACGCCUGAAAAAAUCUUCGUUGUCUUUUGCAUGCGCUGCCAAGCCAUUCUGUACAUGGCAAUGUUUCGCUACAAAAAGGACACAGCAAUAAAGUAUUCCCGGACCCUUAAUGAACACUUCAAGAGUUCUUCUAGAAUCACUCAAGCACCUUCUCCGUGUGUAGCAAGGAGCACAGGCACGCCUUCUCCUCUCUCCCCGAUGCCCUCUCCAGCCGGCUCUGUAAGCUCCCAGACAGGUUCCAGCGCCAGCAGCUGUGGCAGUGGCAGCAUCGGCUCUUCGGUCAACGUUCCCCAUUUUAUCCCAACCAUCACUUCUUCCUUCGUCAACAUCACUUCUUAUUUUCUCUAUGCCUAUGAUCUCUGGGAACAAGCUGAUGUCUUGGCCAGGAAGAAUAAGAAAUUCUUUUCCGAGCUCAGCGCUGCCGCCUGCUCUCUCUCACUGAACAGCAGUAUGAUGGAACUGGUACACUACACCCGCCAGGGUUUGCAGUGGCUGAGACUGGAACCAAAUACGCCUUAACUGGUGCGUCAAGGCAAGAGAGAAUCUUGCCUUGGACUCUUUUGCACUUUGAAAGCCUCAGAAACAGCCCCUCGUUGGCUGACAUGUUGGAUACAAAACAAAACAAAAAAAUAAAAGCACCUGGAACAAAGUAGAAUGAAGCAUGAUGGAAGGGAACUGGUGCCACUGGAAAACUUUAAGGACUACAUUUCUAUGGUGCCAAUGGGCCACCUGGAAGCUUCACAGUGGACAAGAGGCCUCAAAGUGGAGGACGCCUUUCUUUCUUUCAAAGGACAAAGUGCAAUUCCCCCACCCCCACCCCCUUUUAUUCUUUUUCCCAUCAUGGUUUCAUUGUGUCAAUGGUCUAUAAACAUUUCUGUCAAUGCAUAACCGGCAAGACAACAACAGCAGCAAAAAUCAACACGCGUGAAGAAGUGCCGGCGAGAAGGAAAUCCACCCCCACCCCCCAAGAAUCUUCUGCAACACCUCAAAACGAUGUCCGUGAUGUCCGUGGGCCCAGAACGUGAUCCAGACUCACUUCUUUUGUUUCGUUUUUAUGGAUACCGCAAACACAAUUUGUAGCAUGUGUUCUUCUUCCUGGAGGGCGGGAGGGACAGAGAAUCGGGUUGGAAGGGGACUCUUCAGCAGCACGACGCAACCUUCUCUUGCAAACCUACCUUCCUGCCUCUCCCCUUCCCAAUUGUAGCCAUUCGUUGCACUACUACCCCUUUUCCUCACUGAGUGGCUUGUGGCUUAACAGGCGGCUCUAGCUGGCCUCCCCAGGCUCUGCCUCUUCUCUUUCCCCAUUUUCCUUGCUGCUUCUGGUGGCAACAGCCUACCAGUCCCAGCUGCCAUGUGUUUUUUUUGUGAUAUUGCACAUGCCCGGUGGCACUGACAAUCUCAUAAAGGAAACCGGAACAUUGGGCCUGCACUGCCGGAGGGUGCGCAGUGUAGGUGCCGUUGCCUCCCCAUCCCCACCCCAUGGGCUGCCAGGUUGGGGCGUGGGCUGGCUCACCCUAGAACUCAAUUGAGCGAUACUGCACUAAUGAAUUGAACUGGAAUUGCCUGCAACUGCGGCACGCAGUUCAGGGUUUGCAGGGAGGGAGAGCCCUUUGCACAAGGAGCGAUCUUCAGGGAUUCCCUGGCGCUGUGUCAAUGAGAGAAGAGGGGCUGCCCAGUCGGAAAGGUUCAUACUGGCUAUACGAAGAUUAUUUUCCAUUUUUGGAUCCUUAACAUGGGAGGAAUUUAGCAGCACACCAUUUCAUUUUCACCGCCUGUGGAAUGGCUGGUUCAACCGUUUGCCUUUGGCUGUUGACACACAGCUUUCCAUUUAUGUUGGCAGAUAGUGCCCCUGCCCGUAAGGUUUGGCAGGAUCCUUUCCUUUUAAAAUAUUUCCAUUUUCUCAACAGUAAUCUUGUGGGAUCUGCCAACCUUGAAGCCCCCGGCUUUUCCAAAGCGACUAUGCAGCCAUUGUCUUCAAUUUGCAGGCAAAUCUGCUGCGUCUUUCAUGGGUUAUAAAAGUCUCCGUCGAUGAGAGUGCCUUCAGGACUGCCACUGCUCCCGCUGUACGUGUCUCCUGCACCCUAUUCAGUCUCAUAUACGUUAAAGAUCCCAUUUUGCUGCCCUCUCGAUGGUGCCUUAACUCUCCCAUUUGCUUCUGUCAUUAUCUGACUUCAAGAUAGACCAGUGGGAAUAUCUUCCAAAUAAAUUGUUCUUGAGUGCGGUGUUAGGUUUUUCCUUUUCAGCCGACUCCAACAUUUUAAGUGUCGGAGUUGAUCAUUCCUCUUAUGUUUGUCCCAUACAAAAAUAGAGCCGUCUUCGGUGCAGGGGCAAAGCAGUAUUCCUGUUUGAAAGGACCUGUGGCGUACGAGCAUACCUCUUUGCUGAAAUGUCAAUAAAUCUCACGGCCCCUGCAUUCCCCAGAGGUGUCCCAAAGCAGAGCGUAUCCCUGAUUCAUUCAAGAAAGGUUUGGGAAUGCAGCCCUGCCAAAGGGCAGCAUGAGGAAGCUCCUCUCGUGGACCGACUCCAGGAAAAUUAAAGCCUUAGCUGAUUUCAGGGAUAAGCCACUUUCCCCAUGAGAAGCAAGCUCCCAUCUUUUUCUUCCCACUGCGUUUUAUAAGUUGAACUAGACGUGUGGCAGAGGUCCUGGAUAGCCACUGAACUGUUGCAAAGCAAUCAGCAAGAGGUCACCAUUUGAAGGGGGUGGGCAGGAGAAAGGGGGCUUAAAUGCUUCCCCCCCCCACUCUGCUUUUCCCCUGUGAUGCAGCAAACCUGCACCUGGAACCACAGGUAGAAAAAGUGGAUGGAAGGGGAAAGGCUUAAGUGCCCCCAUCCCUCCUCUGCUUCUUGACAGUCCUUUCUCCUCUGCUUUGCAGCUGUUGGCAGAAAUCCGGAGCGUCUUUUGGACGCUCAGCUCCAUCCUUCGACAGAGAGAUGUGCAGGGCCCAAGUGUGAAUCACGGCUCUGGUUUUAAAAACAAAACUGCCACAAACAUCUCUCUCACUCCGAGGGGAGAAACCCAUCAAAUUGCUGGGCCUUCUGCGGAGUUGGACUGGUGCCUGCCUUUUCCUAGUGAAAGAUGCAGUGCCAGUAUAGAAGGACCGUUGCUCCCAGGGGUCUUAGCUGAGAAGCCUGACUUGGAAGUGUUUGACUUUGUCCACCUGCUUCUCAGCCCGGUCUAGGAGCUCAGACGCUAAGCUCACUUCGUCUCCCCCUUGCAAAUCAUGUUCCCUCUUCUCCCAAUGAAUUGACCUCUGUAGUCUCAGGACGGACCUUCCCUUCCUUUCCCCCUGAUUGGCACCUGAAUCAGCCAGCCAGUGCUGCUGUUCGCCUUGUUGCUGCUUUUGCUCGCUUAAACCCACACCCUGAAGUUAAGAAGGCCGGGUUGUCAAGGGAACCGGCUUAACCUCCUUGCUCAGCACUUUAUCCAAGGGAUAGCGAUAAUCUCUUCCACGCCCUCUCCUGCCUCUUCACCUGCUCCCGGAAUGGUGAGUGAGAUUCUAAUAUCAACCUCUGUGUCAAGAAAAACCCAUUUAAUGCAUUUGUGCUGCUGAUUUUACAUGACCGUGGGGUGAUGCAAAAACCAGCAACAUCCCCAUUUAAGAGCAAAACGUCUGGGCUUCUUUUCUCCUUAAGUAAAGAAAAGAUUUCAAUUAUGAUUACGUCCAGGAAGGCCUGUUCCAAAACCAAAUGGGAGCAAAGCUUCCCUCUGAAUUUCUACAGAAGCUAAGAUGGUUCUCUAAUCUGAACAGCCUACUCUUGUGAGUGCUGUGAUUUCUUUUUAUUUUAAGUGCAAUUGCAAAGAAGCAGUUGGACUAUUUGGGAUCAUGUUUAGGAAGCUUAUAUCCUCUUACAACUUUUUUUUUUAUAAUAUAUAUCUAUAUCUAUAUAAAAGACCAAUUGAAUGAAUUAUCAGAGAAAAUGCCAUUUCAUCUCCAUUCUAGACUCUGGUACCCCAGACACUGAUGAGACUUCCAUUACUUUCAGCCAGGGCCUGGGGCCCAGCGUUCUAUGUUAGGAGCAAGAAAUGUUUUGCCAUUUUAAACACAGGUCAAUGGAGCUGCACGCUCAAAGCAGCCUCCUUUCCCAGAUGAUAUUUAUUUAGAAUUAUAAUUAAUGUAUUUAAAUUAUCAAUGUUCUAUAUGUCGAAGAUACCAUUAUUUAAUAAUUUGCAAGUUCCAUUGACACUGGAGAUGUGGAUUGAAAGUUAAGAGUGAUGACCAUUUUAUUUUCCAAGGGCAAUUCCCCUUCCUUCCCGGCCCUCCCCUUUUCCCUCCAUCUCCUUGGUUUCUUUAUAAAAAUCUGUACAUUUAAAUUUAUUAUGGGGUGUUGUGUCUCCAUCUUGUAAAUAACAUUUUCUGCCCUGUAUAUUGGUGGUACUUCCAGGUUGAUUUGUUUAAUUCAUGUGGGGUAAUAAAAUAAAUAUCAAAUGAAA